AUGGCAGGAAAAGGAGGUAGUAAAAAUGCUGAACCAAGGGCACCUGAGGGACUGAGGAGCGACCGAGGACGAGCCAACUUCGGCCGCGAACGUGAACAGCACCAGGGACCUCCAAAGCCACCCUCCCCCGCUCGUACAAUCCAAAUGAUCGUCAGCAGAGGUGACAAGGCAGCGAUCAACCAUGUGAAGUUCACCACUACACACAAACUCGAGCGGUCAAUCACUCACGAACAGUACGAUGACCUCGAAGACAGUAUCAUCUUCGAUAAAUCGGAUACUGACGGUUUGACUUUCCCUCAUUUCGACGCUCUUGUUAUUACUUUACGUAUUUCAGAUACUGAUGUGAAAAGAGUAAUGGUAGACGGCGGAAGCGGCGCGUGUAUUAUCCACCCUCGAGUCCUCAUACAGAUGAGACUCGAAGACAAGAUAGUACCGCGUUGCAUAACACUAACGGGUUUUAAUAAUGCAGUUGAGCGAACCUCUGGAGAGAUAACGCUACGCGUUCUGGCUGGGGGCGUCACCCUAGAAACAACGUUCCAUAUCAUAGACCAAGAUACAGCUUACAACGCUAUCAUUGGGCGGCCAUGGAUACACGCCAUGAGGGUCAUCCCGUCAAGCCUAUAUCAAGUAAUCAAGUUCCCUACUCCACGGGGAAUAUUCAGCAUCUGA